AUGCAUCCACCACGAACCUCCAAAUACGAGAUAAACUUAUCAGAGCUACGGACAUUCGAAGGUCUUCCAGACCUCCUACCUCACCAAGACCUACGAGACUGCAUAAUCUGCCUCGAGCCAAUCCUAUCAACAUCCGUCCUGCGCGAACUCCCCUGCACCCAUCUCUUCCACCAGUCCUGCGUCGACGACUGGGUGUGCAAUUUCGCACCCAAGUGCCCUAUAUGCCGCAGUGCGUUCUACUACCUGCGCUGUCCACGGAAGCAGAGCCCGGCUGUCGUUGAAAGGAGACGGACUUCUUCUUCGUCAAAUACGACUAGAAAUGGGGGUCAGGGGAGUGAACAUGCUCAUGGGACGUUUUGUUCGCUUAAACAUUGGUGUAAGAAGAGGUUGAGUGGGCAUACCCAGGACGCGGGGACGACUACGCAUGGCCCUGCUGGGCAGAGGCAGCAUGAGAAUGGGGAGCAGUAG